CAGCAGACAACCACCAUCGUCCCACGUCUGUUGCGGUUUCCUUUCACUAUUGGACCUUGGACCUUUACAGAACACAUGGAUAGUUACCGCAAGAACUGACCAUUGCGCAGAAGAAGUUAUUGCUCUAGUCCCGCUGCUUUACACUGCUGGACGGUGGUGUUUGAGCACAUAAAAAGGAUUUCAGUUUCUGUCUGACCUUACAACCAAAUACAACACUUACAACAACCAAAGCAAUGGCCAGUGCGUUCACCAUUACCGAUAUCGAGACGGAUCUGGCCUGCCCGGGUGCGUCCUCCUUCGUCCAGAUACAGUUGAACGAUCUGACCGAUUAUCCGUUGGCCUCGGCCGGCGGCAGUACGCCACCAGCAGCGAUCGUGCCGGCCAAGUUUCGCAACUACGCCGAUCAGGUGCGCGACUUCCGCGUGUACGACGAUGACGUGUGGAUCGUGACGUACCCAAAGUGUGGCACCACCUUGACGCAGGAGAUGGUCUGGCUGAUCGCUCACGACCUGGACUAUCAAACGGCCCGUGACGUCAAUCUCAACACGCGAUCCCAUUUUCUGGAAAUCGGAGCCAUUGCAGACAAGAUACCGGUCGAUACGGUGACGGUAGCAGCCAGCAUGAAGCGUCCGCGGCACAUUAAAUCCCACCUGCCGAUGGCGCUACUGCCCCGCCAGCUGUGGACGGUAAAGCCGCGCAUCGUGUACGUCGCCCGCAACCCGAAGGAUGUGGCCGUGUCCUACCUGCACCACUAUCGGAUGAUUAUGGGCUACCGGGGCACCAAGGAAGCCUUCCUCGAUGGGCUGCUCGAGGAUCGGGUAAUGUUUUGUCCACAAAUUAGGCAUGCGCUCGAUUUUUGGACGCUGAAAGAGGAACCCAACGUACUGUUUCUGACGUACGAAAGCAUGAAGCGAGAUCUGCGAAGCAUUUUGCCCAAAGUGUGUACCUUUUUCGGGAAAAGCUUCACCGAUGAUCAGCUGGAUGCGUUGACCAUGCAUUUAUCGUUCGAUGAGAUGAAGAAAAAUCCAUCAACAAACAACGAUCAGAUGGUACGAAGUGCGAUGAAAAUGAAUGGCCGCAAAGGGGAACAAUUUGAGUUUAUGCGAAAAGGAAUUGUUGGAGAUUUUCGAAAUGAGCUGUCGGAAGAGUACAUCGAGAAGUUUGAUCGCUUCAUCGAGCAGCAGCUUGCCGGUAGUGAUUUCAAGUACGAUUUAUAAUACUCUAAACUAGUGUUGGGUACAUCUGAUUAGGAUUAAUGAAUCUGAAUGAAUCUUUGAAAUGAUUCAAUGAAUCUGAAUCUA